AUGGCGAGCACCCGACAUACCACGCUAUCAGGCGUAGAGAAACAAGAUUCUGAAAAUGAUGUAAAGAGAGACGUUGAAACCGCCAGCUCCAUUCACGAGGCGCAGUCUGAGGAGGCUCGCGGAUGGCGGGCCUGGGCCCAGAAACUCAUGUCCCUCGGCCACGUUGAGGUCCGAGGAAUCGCUCCCAUCCCAGUUGAAGAGCGAACCGUCACAAGAACUGUCAACAUUUUCACCCUUUGGUGGUGUAUGAAUGCCAAUGUCUUGCCUAUCACAUUCGGCAUGCUAGGCGCGACGUAUGGCCUUUCUCUUCGCGAUGCCUCACUCAUCAUCGUAUUCUUCACCCUCCUGACCACUCCAAUACCGGCCUACCUAUCGACCCUAGGUCCGAAGACAGGCAUGAGGCAAAUGAUACAGGCGCGCUUCAGCUUCGGCCGAUACCUCGUAGCUGUCCCUGUGCUACUCAACCUUGCAACUCUCACAGGCUUCUGUGUGAUCAUGGCCGUCAUCGGCGGCCAGUGUCUCUCAGCUGUGGGAGAGGGCAACGUGAGCCCGGCAGUAGGGAUCGUCAUCGUUGCCUUGCUUGCCCUCGUCAUUUCUUUCUGCGGCUUCACCGUCCUACACUUGUAUGAACGGUUCGCUUGGAUCCCCGCCGUCAUUGCCAUCAUAAUCGCGAUAGGCUGCGGCGGCUCUCACUUGAGAGAACGGGCUCCGACUGAGCCAGCUAAGCCGCAGUCCGUCGUAUCAUUCGGUAUGAUCGUGGCCUCAUACAUGAUCCCCUGGGCAUGCCUUGCAUCGGACUUCACGACGUAUCUCGAGCCAUCUACAUCAUCAAAGAAGAUUUUCGCAUACACUUACCUCGGCUUCGCCCUACCCACGAUUCUCCUCAUGAUACUAGGCGCCGCCAUUGCCUCCUCCAUACCCCUGGUACCUGCUUGGCAACAAGCAUAUGACGAAAACCUCGUCGGCGGCGUUCUCUCAGCGAUGCUAACUCCGGCGUCAACUUUUGGCAAAAUCGUCACCGUAGUCCUGUCCUUCACCCUCCUCGGCAACAUCGCAGCGACGAGCUACUCUAUAACCCUCAACUUCCAGCUCCUUGCGCCCGCCCUCAAACGAGUGCCUCGGUCAGUUUUCGCUCUCCUCAUCACGGUAAUCAUCAUACCUGUCGGAAUUCGCGCAGCAACCGACUUCUUCGCAAGCCUCGAGAACUUCAUCGCGCUCAUCGGUUACUGGUCCGCCGCCUUCCUGAGCGUCGUCCUCGUCGAACAUUUCUGCUUCCGCAAGGCAGACUGCGAGAGAUAUGAGACGGAGGCAUGGGACGACGCGAGGAAGCUGCCGGUCGGCGCGGCGGCGUUGGGGUCCUGCGUGCUGUGCUUCGCCCUGGUCAUCCCCUGCAUGGCGCAGGUGUGGUGGACGGGGCCAAUCGCCGAGGUGACUGGCGACAUCGGCUUUGAAUUGGCCUUUGUUGUUUCUGGACUGCUCUAUGUUCCAUUUCGGACGCUGGAAAGGAGGGUUUCAGGGAGGUGA